AUGACCAAAGAGCGGGAAGAUAAACGAGAGAGCGGGAAGGUGGACGAGGAAGCUGGGAAGAAAAGAAGUUGUGAAAUCAUGAGAACGUUAUCAAUGAUAAGAAAGUGGUUGAGAAAUGGACGAGGGAGGGCAAAAAGGGUUAUAAAUCGGAGUGGACAAAGAGUAAUUCCAUAUAAAGCGGAGGAGAAGAAGGAGGAGGUAAAAAGAAGAGCAAGAAGGUUACGAAAAGGGUACCGAUAUUAUUGUUAUUAUUAUUUCUUGCAGUCAUCAUCAUCAUCAUCAUCAUCAUCAUUAUCAUCACCAUAA